UAUUGAUAGGCUGAGUAGAUGAUGCAGUGAUAAGAAAAUAAGAAUUAUUAUCACAGUUCUAGUGUCAUUAUAAUUUUCACUUCUGAAAAGUCAGUCAAUCUCAGGUUCUUAGUUUCAGAAUUGCGAGUGAAAUUUUUAUGGAUACCCCGGACAUGAAGAAAGAUCCAGCCAUUGAAGAUCUGAAUACAGAAUUAGACAAGCUGGGUUUCAAAGUCUUGCAAUUGAUGAAUGAUUACAUAAAAAGUAAGGUGCAACUGGAACAGACAAUUAAGAAUGGCUGUUUAGACCUGGCCAAAGCCCGUUACAUCCGAGGAGGUGCAGCCAUAUCUUCGCUUCAACUCCCAACUGAAGAUAGCUUGGGUGUGAAAGCUCUGGCCAAAGUUGAGGCUCAUCAUGAGAGGACAGAUGGUUGUACCUCAUUCAGUUUAUUGCAUUUUGAGCCAACAAUCUCCAACAAAAAAUCAACAGAUUCUGAAACUGACAGCUGUGCAGAUGGAGACAAAUCCUGUCUUGACUCUGAAAAAAUCACCGAUCCUUUAAAGUGGUUUGGCGUUCUAGUCCCUCAGAAUCUAAGGCAAGCCCAAGCAUGGUUCAAGCAAAGUAUUGAAUUAGCUGUGGACUGUACCAAUAUUCAAGUAAGUAUUCAACAUAAGAGAGAAGAGUUUUUGCGGUUGUUGAAAUUGAAAAGAAGUUUAAUCAGUGCUGAAAGCGAAUUUAAGUGACUUCAUAAUUUCAUAUUAUGGAAGAGCUUUUACCAGCGUAUACUUCUUUUCAAAGUAUUCUGUCUCCGACUGGAUGUUGCAACAUUUUUGCACUUUCUUCCAUCCUCUUGAAAGCUUUUCUGCUAACCUUGCCCAGUCCCAAGUUUAUAACUGCCGGAGGGACAAGAUUGACUUAAAUGGAUGCAGAAGAGUCAUGAUUGAAUUCUGGUCAGUUGCUUCUGUAUAGUGCUGACCAGGCAGUACCAGGUUAGUCUGUGGAGCUAUGGUCUAGGGCUCCAAGAGAAGGCUUUGAAUGUAGAAAUUCAGCCUGUGUUCUUGGAAAAGGCUUGAUUAAAAAAGGCAUAAAAUCGUAAUUUUAACAUCUAUAAUCUUAAUAGGAAGGACCAUCAAUCCUGUAUUACAAGUGUUCAUCAAGAGGCGUCCUCUCCCCUUUGCUCUUCAUUAGGGGAUAUCUGGACUCAUUUCUGCAAAAGAGAACCAUGUACCUCUGAAUGAAUUCAAUUUUAAGGUAAAAUGGAGGCAUAAAAAUUCUAGGGCGCUGUUGAGCCCUGAUCAUUGCCCAACACACAGAAGUAAUAAUUUGCAUUUCAACCAUUAUUAUUUUUAUAUCAUUUUAAGUACCUAAUUCGUGUUUAAGUUUCCUAAUGUUUAAGUGUUCAAGUGUUAAUACUUUUUUAAAAUGUAAAUUCAUUAAAUAAUUUCUUAUGUUAUUUUUAAA